UCAUAUGUACCCUUUCCACCUUCAAAUUGAUCAUGCCAUUGUUAUUGAUAAAACAUAUCUUGGAUCAUUUCAGCUUCUCCCAGGCAUGUAAAGUGUCCGUAACUCUAUUUCUCAUCAUUCCACUUUCUCCUGUUCUCAUAUCUCUAUCGUUCUUUCUCUUCUUUUCUUUCCUGAUCACACUACCCAUUUUAUGCAUUCUCAUAUCAGCUUAUCUUUUCUUUUCAAUUCUAAGUAGGUUUUCGGUUAGGUCUUUUCUGAAACUCUCAUUGAUAUUAUGUCUUCGGGUUUUAGAUAGUACUAACAAUAGUAAUACCUCGACAAAAUCAGCAACUGGUGAUGAAACUUGCGACGAUAAUCAAGUAAGCGUCGUGUUUGAUCCUUCAGAGGUUCCGUCUUUUGAUGAUCUAGAAGAAGAUCAAGAAGAAGAAGAGAAUAAAAGAGAUGACGAAUGCGAAGAAUCGUCAUCCAUUUAUGAUCAUGAUCAUGAUCAUUGCGAGAAGAAGAAGCGAAGGAAGAGUAUUGAUAGUAACAGGUCGCUAAAUGUUCAGCCUAUGAAAUCUUUCAACCCAUUCGACGAUGGCACAUUCUCUCAGAUAUUGACAUUUUGGAAAAAGAAGGAAGGACAAAGGGUUUGAUUAAAAGAGUCGUUGAGGAUGGAGGAGGUAGGAUUUAAUCGGCAACAGUUUUAAGAAAACUAUGCCUUCUUUUUCAGUUUGUGCUUACCCUUUUAGAAACUUAAUUAGAAUUUAGAUUAUUUUUUUAAGCAGAAUUUAGAUAUAGUAUAUCCAAUUUGUAA